UAGAGUUGUAGAAGAAUCAAAGUAAAAUGGCGACUAAUGUAUAUAGUGUUAACUAUAGAAAACAUAAUCGGAUAAAAUUCUAAUAGAUAUGCUUUUAUUUUAGUCAUCAGCUUAUGUUUUUGUUAGAAUAUGGAUUACUAAAUCUGAUGACAAAGAUAUUUUUAGUAAAUACGGUGUGGUUAUCUCAAUACCGGUGAAAAUUUAAUGAGAUCAUUCCCCCCCGUUGUUGUGCUUUCUCUUCCUUAUGAUAUUAUAACAGUUCCCUCAAUUAUUAUAUUUAAAUAGUAUAAAACAGCUUCCUUUAUAAUAUUUUUUAACCAUUAUCCUUAUUUCAUUUGCUUACAUUCAGGAAUAACUUUCAUUCUUAAACAAACAGACGGUUUAAUUGAGGUAUUUUUAAAACAGGGCUAUCGAGCCAUCUUGCGACAGCGUCAUGUGCAACAAGUUCGGCUUAAACCAACAAUAGAAAACAGCCACAGUGUGGUUUGUAGUGGACGAUGCCUGGCACACGAAGCCACAGAGGCCUCGUGUUUGAUGAGUUUGAUGCACGGGCCUACGCCCAUUUGGUGCCAUCAAGUUUAAAGAAGCACAAGAAACAAAAACACAAAUCGAAAAAAAAGCGGAUACGUGAAAGAGAGAAAUCUAGUUCGUCGACUAAACCAUUAGUUGACUAUGAUGAACUGUCUUCGGAUUCCAACCUAGAGUCGCCCAUUGAUUGUGGACCGGCUUCUGGUCACCCGAGCAGCAGGGUUGCGUCGAACCGGGAACGAGACAAGCGGGGACAAUCUCCGGCGACAGCUAUCAAGAUGUACCUGACUGAGAGAAGUCACAGCAACUCGCCUGCAAUGCUGGAUAGUAGAAGGAGCCGAAGUAGAAGUCCAACCCCUUAUCAUCCGCCAACCCGCAAGAAGAGCAAAAAAAGCCGUCGUUACUCGCCGACUGAAUCACAUCCACAGCUCCACCAAGCACCUCCACCACUACCCCAGUCACGGUCGACUGAUCGUGACCGCCUGGACCGACACGACAGAACUUCCUAUGUGGAAUCAAUUUCUUCGCCGAGGAGGUACUGCGAAAUUCCGAAGGCCUAUGCUGAAGUGUCCCGGCAAGCAUACAUUGAAACGCCUAGGGCUUAUGCGGAAAUCCAGUCUCCAGUAAGGCCCGAACCAGGCUACACUCGAAGUCCCCAAUAUCAUUAUCGCAGUGAAACUCGCGAUCAUACUAUCGGGGCCCAGUCCUCUAGCCGACGACGGAGCCGCAACAGAAAAGGAAACCACAGUCGAACUUUCUCUCCGGAACCUCCUCCGAGGGCUUACGAUGACAAUCGUGGUUAUACGGAUACCCCUAGGGCUUACACAGACACUCCAAGGGCUUACCCGGAUCCGCCGAGGGCUUACAACGACAGAACACAGUCUUUCGGUUAUCGGAACCAAAGGGGUAAUAGCCCCAUCUCUCCUGCUCGGAAACGGUACAGAUCUCGAACACCUAGUCCACCACAUCGAGCCAGGAGAGAAGAUACACCGCCAAGGCCACGAUAUCGGUUAAGGAAGUCCAAAAGUCGCAGUCCAAGUCCAUAUGCCCAGAAAUGGGCACACCGUAGUCGAUCGCGAUCUCGCAGUCGUGGUCGUCACUACACAUGGAGACGAACUAGGUCUCGCAGUCAUUCCAGGGGCCGGUCUUUAGCUGGCACCAAAAUUAGUUAUUCUAACGUGAAAUAUUGUAACAGUUUAGGGGCUGAAUUAAAUAAAGUAAAGGCGAGUAAGUCUAGUCAGUAUGUGCCUAGAAACAGAAAAAUGACAAAAGACUCACCACAAGUGAUAAUAGAAAUAGUGGAAAGGACUCCAUCACAUUCACCUUCAUCUGAUUCACAUCGGAGCCCUUCAGUGAAAGGGGAAUCAGAAGUUCCCACUCCUAAAUCUGAUCAUUCGAAAGAUAAAUGUGAAGAGGAAAAGACCCCUAUUAAACUAGAGACUCCAAAGAACAAAUCUGAGAUUUUCUGUGAAGAAUCUGAAGCGGAACAGAAAGAAGAGUUAACCCCUAUUCCUGCUGAGCCUUUGUCCCCUGAGGUGAAACCUGAGCCAAAAAUGCCAACCCCAGAGCCAGACAGAAAACAGGUUAUGAAAAGACUACCUCUCCCCCAAGUGUUACCUGUAGAAGAAAUUGAGAGUGAAUCUGACUCUCCAGAACAAACACCACCAAGUGAACAACAGGUUGUGUUGUCUCCUGUAAGACACCGACGCAUCACGGACUUACCAAUGCCACCAGUUGUUGACGACCCUGAUCAGGAGGUUGAUAUCGACAUAGAUAGUCAAGGUGAUAUCAAGCCGUCAUCCCUAGGUUUGGAAAUGAUGGAGAUGAAGAGCAGAAUUGAUUCUAACGUGUCGGCUGCUCCAAAGUUAAAGAGACCAAAAAUCUGUCACAAGCGUCGUUAUAAUGAAAGAAACAAAGGUGACUGGGGGGAGCGCUGCGUUGAAGUAUUCCGAAAGAUCUGUCAAAUUGGUGAAGGAACCUAUGGGCAGGUUUACAAAGCUGAAGACACAUUUUCUGGUGAACUUGUUGCAUUGAAAAAGGUUCGUUUAGAAAAUGAGAAAGAAGGUUUCCCCAUCACAGCAGUGCGGGAGAUCAAAAUUUUGCGACAGCUGAACCACCCCAACAUUGUCAACUUGAAGGAAAUCGUCACAGAUAAACAGGAUGCUCUGGAUUUUAGGAAAGACAAAGGUGCCUUCUAUCUAGUUUUUGAAUACAUGGACCAUGACCUGAUGGGUCUGUUAGAGUCCGGUUUAGUACACUUCAACCAGGAUCAUAUCGCUUCCUUCAUCAAGCAGCUUCUUGACGGAUUAAACUAUUGCCACAAGAAAGACUUCCUUCAUCGUGACAUCAAAUGUUCGAACAUCCUGCUUAACAAUAGGGGCCAGAUCAAGCUCGCUGAUUUUGGCUUGGCUCGCUAUUACGAGCCUGAAGACAGAGAUAGAUUAUACACCAACAAGGUCAUUACACUGUGGUACCGUCCACCCGAGCUGUUGCUGGGAGAAGAGCGUUAUGGGCCAGCCAUCGACGUCUGGAGUUGUGGCUGCAUUCUUGGGGAAUUGUUCACUAAGAAACCCAUCUUUCAAGCCAGCCAGGAAAUAACUCAGCUUGAACUGAUCAGUCGUACAUGUGGAUGUGCUUGUCCAGCUGUGUGGCCAGAUGUCAUAAAGCUGCCACUCUUCCAUUCCAUGAAACCAAAGAAACAGUAUCGUCGCCGAUUACGAGAAGAAUUUUCCUUUAUUCCCAAGCCAGCUCUAGACCUGCUUGAUCGUAUGUUAGAACUUGAUCCAAGUCGGCGAUGCAGUGCUGAACAAGCUUUAAAUUGUGCUUGGCUCAGAGAUGUUGAUCCUGCUAAAAUCACACCACCUGAAUUUCCUAGGGACCAAGAUUGCCAUGAAAUGUGGAUUAAGAACCGAAAACGAAGUCUGCGAGAAGCUAUGAAAAGAGAACAAGAAGUGAGUCACCAAAUAAACAUGCAACCCAAAGGUAAUCCACCACUGAUUGGGGCUUGUAAAGGUAGAUUGCCUAUCAGCAGCAGCAGCAGUGGUGGUAGUAGUAAUAGUGAGAAUCCAAAGCCUUUCUCUUAUCUGUCAAGGGACAACCCCAGCCAUGCUAUGAUAUCAGAAAGGCUCAAGAGUGAAGAUCCAGCUGGCCUGGGCUUUAGUUCUGAACCUCUUAUAAAAGACAAUAGAGUUCUUACAAACAGUGGUAAAGAAGCACUGAGUUCAAAUGUUGAAAUUGCUGACAGCAAGGACGAUUCCAUCGUGUCAUCUUCUACUGAUUUUGAAGCGAAGUGUAAAACAAUAUCAUCGCCCAAUCCACAGCAGUUGCAGUCCAUUGUUCAGAUGCUGAAGUCUAGUCAGGGGGGACUGAGUAUUGAGGACCUGGCGAAAAAACUGAACGUACGCUGUGACAAAACUACCAUAAAGUUGCUAGAGAGCCUCAAUAAACAAUUGCAGAGUGAAGGCAGUUUGUCAAAAUCAGAACAUUCUGGCCUCCCUGUCACACCUCAAACGCCAAAGACUCCACAUAGUCCUCCUCCUGGCUUUCACAGCUUUGAAAGGCAGGCAGGUAAUACAUUCCGGGCAGUUAAUUGUUCUCAGAGGUUAGGCGAGAAUUCUAAACUGCUAGAGUGCAAGGACGAGCCUGGUUAUGGUAAUUCAAACAGCAAUAAUAGCGGCAACUCAGCCUCUAUGUGUGGGGUUUGUGACAUGGCUGACAAUAGUAACACUGGUAGUCAGAUGGGCCUGCUGCCACCACCAAACAUAGGGUUACCGCCUUCUGUGUUAAAAUAUGACAACCCACCCUUAUCGGCAGAUGGUCAUUCACGGAGCAGUAGUAACAAUAUGGACAACAUUUACCAUAGUUGUGUGGGUCCUGACUACGGUCACAAUGCCACUAGUAGCAGCAGUAUUUCUUCUAGUCUGUCGCCCACCUCACAAGACACCAGCACUGUUUCUUCCUUAAAUGUCAGUUCUGCAGGUAGUAAUAUUGUUACUUCUCAGGCCAUUCUUGAUAGUCUAGCCACAGAUGUGCUGGUGCCUGCCAAAGUGAAUUUUGGAUCAACACAGACAGUCACUUCAAAAGUUGAAUUUGACAAACCUUCUAAGAACUUCCCGUCACCACUCAGUAAAAACCAGCCUAUUUACCCUUUGGAUGACAUGCGCUACCCUCCACCACAUCCACAUGUGACUCUUCACCAUCCGCCUCCUCCCAGUAGUGUGGCUCCUGUUAGUGUUAGUGGCAGCGGCCAAGGCAUGCCUGCUGCGGCCGCUGCAGCUGCCGCCGCUGCUGCUGCCACUGCUGGUGGGAACGAUGGCGCUGUGUCUCUCCGAGCGAAAGUGCAAAGUUACUUUGACACGUACGGGCAGGAUGACAGCAUGCCACGUCCAAGCCCGUCACCAUUUGGACUGGUGGCCACACCUCGAGGCGGCAUGAGGCGGAGACCCUACCACGGGGCGACACCCCUCGGCCCACACAACCUUCCUCUCCCCCCUCCACGUAACCCCAGCCACAGGCCGGCCAUGCCACCAGUAUUGAACAACACACCGCCACCCAACUUGCCAUCACAUUCUAUUCCAAGUACUAUGAGUUCCAGUGGUGGUGGUGGUGGUAGUGGUGGUGGCAGUGGCGGUGGUGGUCUUUAUCAAGGCGGGCAUGUGGGGUGGUAGCAGAAUUGAUAAUAAACAUCGCUUGAAUACACACACACACACACACACACUCUCUCUCACCUGGGCACAUUUACACACAGAUUUUCACCUAUACACAAAACAAAUCAUCCAUACACGCACAUACACACAUUGUUUACUUUUCUUUUAUGAAUAGUGCUCAUAUAAUUCAGAGAAAGCUCUGCCAAAUGAAUAUUUUUUUUAAAAAUUUUAUUUCUGUCUGUUCGUCUGGGUUUUUCUCUUUCUUUCGUCAAAACAGUUUUAUAUUAUUAUUUAAGAUUUUUAUAUUAAUUUUAAUUUCUUUUUCAUUCCUUCUGUAUUUCCUCACCCUUGUUCCUUCUCUUUCAUUUUUUUCUUUCUCUCUCUCUCUCUCUCUCUCCUCCCAUUCUCUCUUGUUUCUUUUUUGUCUUUUUUUUCCUAAAUGUUAUUCAGUUGGUACUUUGGUUCUGGAACUUUUUCAGGAUUUCGAAAGCAAAUAGACCUUGAAAAAGUGGAAAUUUAUUAAAAAACAAAACUUAAAGUAAAAAUUUAAAAAAAAAAAAAAAUGUUCAAAAAUUUUUAAAACCUAAAAAAAAGGAGAAGCAAAAAGAAGCCCCCUUCCUGCCCCAAAAUAACAACCAACCAAAACAACAAAAUUGCGCUGAUACUUAACCAAGAAAAUAAAAUUUAAUUAAAUAAAUGAGAAAAUUUCCAAAAAGAAAAUUAUAAUUAUUAACCCCCCGCUCCUGUCAAAGAAAUUAUAAGAAGAAAGAAGACAAGAAGAAAAAGAAGAAGAAGACGACGACUUGACUACUUUUCUGUAAAUGUGAAAAACAAUUUGCUGGUUAAAGGGAGAAAAACAAAUAAACAACAGAAAAACAACAAAGACUGACAGUAAUAAAACAUGUAUGUAUGAACUCUGCUUCCAAUCCAACAAUUUAAAACAAACCUAUCCCACCCACUUCCACCUCCCCCUCCCAUGUUCAUGUAAUUCUUUUUGCAUCAUUUUAUUAUUAUUAUUAUUAUUAUUAUUAUUAUUAUUAUUAUUAUUAUUAUUAUUAUUAUUGUGGUGGCGAGCUGGCAGAAUCGUUAGUGCACCGGGCGAAAUGCUUAGCGGUAUUUGGUCUGUCUUUACGUUCUGAGUUCAAAUUCCGCUGAGGUUGACUUUGCCUUUCAUCCAUUCGGGGGUCGAUAAAUUGCAUACCAGUUACACACUGGGGUUGAUGUAAUCGACUGGCCCCCUCCCCUAAAAUUUCGAGCCUUAUUAUUGUUGUUAUUAUUAUUAUUAUUGCCGCAAGCUGGCAGAAUCGUUAGCACACCAGGUGAAAUGCUUAGUAGUAUUUCGUCUGCCACUACAUUCUGAGUUCAAAUUCUGCCAAGGUCGACUUUGCCAUUCAGCCUUUCAGGGGUUGAUAAAUUAAGUACCAGUGAGACACUGGGGUUGAUGCAAUCGACUCAGCCCCUACCCAAAAGGGCUGCCCUUGUGGCAAAAUUUAAACCUUUAUUAUUAUUAAGGCAGCAAGUUGGCGGAACUGCUAAUCUGUCAGACAAAAUGCUUAGUGACAUUUCACCUCUCUAUGCUCUGAGUUCAAAUUCAGCCAAGGUCAACUUUGCUUUUCAUCCUUUUGGGGUCCAAUAUAAUCAGUGCCAGUCAAGUAUUGGGUCAAUGCUUUGUAUUUGAUUACCUCCCUUUUAUGUUCUGAUUAAAUUCUCUUGAGAUCAGUUUUGUAUUUUAUUCCUCUGGUGUCAAAGUAUUGAAGGUAGCUGAGUGGUUCAGAUGUUGGGUCACGGUCAUGAGUUUGAUGCCAAGUGAUGCACUGUGUCCUUACUUCGGUUUGAUGAGCUGGAAAUUAAUCCCAGCUGAGUGCAGCUACAGUUCCCUGCUCUCUUUUUCUCUCACACCAACUGUCACAUUCUUGAUGUUUCUUUGCAUCAAGAGUGAGAACUGAGUGUGGUGGUGGUGGGGAUUGUUUGUUUUGAGUCUGCUUCUGACUACAAGGCACUAAAAGCAAAGAAAGCCUGGUACAUUCUACCAAGCCUUGCUUGCUUGCAAAUGAUAACUAUGUUACCUCCCUUAAAAUAGAUGGCUUCAAACAAAUAUAUACUUAACUACAUGUAUGGAGUACUUUUUCCCCAUUUGUAUUCUCAAAUGUAUGUGUUUAAAAGACAGAGAGUGGUGGUUAAUUUCAAUAUUUGUCAUUUAGUCAGGGAAUGAAGGACAAGCGUGACCAGAAGAAAUGGGAUAAUUAGCUUCAAACCAGAGACUUGACUCUGCUAAAUGCUCCCUAGUCCCUGAUGGUAGUGUCUCCCCUCCAAAAACUGAGAAUAGAAGGAAAUAGAGCAAAUUCCAUAAGGUAUAUCAUCUGAUGCUCUAACAAUUCUGGUAAUUUGUUGCCCUAGACAAAGUCUUUAUUUUAUCAUUCCCCCAAAGAUAUAAAACAAAGCUGAUCGUACCAGAAUUUGAACUCAUUCUGCAGAGAGCCUAAACAUUUACCCCCAGCUAUUUGAGCGUCCUCUAACAACUCUGGCAAUUUGUUUCCUAUUAAUGUUCUUAUUUUAGCCAAAAAAUAAAUAAAGAAAAAAAUGUGUUGAAAUGUUGAAGUUCAUUGAAGAGAGAAAGAUUAUGUUUUUUCAACCUUAAAUGACUUUAUCAUCAUCAUCAUUGCUACUGUUAUCAUUAUCACCUCUUCUUCCCUCCAUCACCUCACCACAAAAAUCUUUCAUCACCUCCAUCACCACAAAAAAAAUCUUUCUCCCAACAAUCUGUGUUACAUUCAUGGCACUGUCCACUUUAUCUGUUCUUGGAUUGGCAGCUUUGUUCAAAACUUUCCCUUUUUCUCUGCAGAACCAUACGUGUAUCAUUUAUUUCUGCUUUCUUAUUGUUUUUCGUUGUUGUUGUUGUUCUUUUUUUUUUUUUUUUUUUUUUUUUUUUUUUUUUUUUUUUAGAUUUUCUUUCUUAUUCCUUUAUCCAUCAGCCAAUACACUGACCAUUAUUCUGUUUUUACCUUUUAUUCUUUGUUUUAAAUAUCAUGUAGUAGUCAUAACAGUAGUAAUAAUAACAACAACAGCACAUGAUUUCAUCCCAUCUUGUCUCCUGUAUUUCACUAUUGUUUGCAAAUGUAUGUAACUAUUUAUGUGUGUGGAUGUGUGUCAUACAAGUACCAUGGUGUAUUUGUAAGUUAUUUUAUUAUUAUUAUUUUUAUUAUUAUCAUCAUUAUUAUUAUUAUUAUGGUUAUUAUUCCUAUGUUUUUGGGGGCUUUUUUUUUUUUAGUUUCUGUAUACUUAAUGACUUGGGCUUCAAUUCCAAGUUGAACCUGUUGUAUGUGAUUUCAUUAAUUAUAGAAAACGAUGCAUGUGUAUCACAUCUGUUACAUUUUAGACUUUAGGGUAAAUUACAAUUCAUUCUACAGGCAUGUGUAGCAGAGUCUUUGUUCUACCAACUAUUUUACAAUGCCUAAUUCCCUGACAAGAACUUUGUUUGUGGCCGGUGUCAGUACUAGUAACAUAUGGGCAUUAUUAGUAAUAUAUGGGCAUUAUUAGUAAUAUAUGGGCAUUAUUAGUAACAUAUAGGCAUUAUUAGUAACAUAUGGGCAUUAUUAGUAAUAUAUGGGCAUUAUUAGUAACAUAUGGGCAUUAUUAGUAAUAUGUGGGCAUUAUUAGUAACAUAUAGGCAUUAUUAGUAACAUAUGGGCAUUAUUAGUAAUAUAUGGGCAUUAUUAGUAAUAUAUGGGCAUUAUUAGUAACAUAUAGGCAUUAUUAGUAACAUAUGGGCAUU